UCAGAGGAAUCGGAAGAUUCUGAAAAAAAUUCAAGUGAAGAUCAAAGUGAAUCUUCAAGUAGUAGCAUUACAACUAUUAAUGUAAAUAAUAAAAGAGGUAGUGAUGGAAGCCAUGAUGACAAUGAAGACAGUGUGUUAGAAAAUCCUGAAGUAAGAACCACCACUUCCUGGAAUAAAAAGUGGUCGGAAAAAGAAAUAAUAAUUCUUUUAAAACAUGUUUUUAGCAAAAAACUAAGUUGUGUUGAACUUCAACGAAUGGGAAUACUAAGAAAAAGCCAAGCCAUUACAUUAAAGUGGAGACUAAUGAAGCAGAAGAUAAAAAAAUUAUUUGACGUUCAUUUUUAA